AUGGCGUCCCCAGAUCAAGUCCUUCAGCAGAUUCUCGCUGCCGUGAACUCUUUGCAGUCCGAAAACAAGUCCAUCUCCGAAGCCGUCUCUACUCUCACAGACCGUGUCAACCGCUUGUCGAUACAAACGGCUGCUCCACAAGCUAUCACCGGCUCUCCUACCAUUCAACCGAUCUACAAAUCCACCCUUGGUGUUUCUAGUCUCGGAGAAUCUGCCAGACCUGGUUCGUCCGGUACACCCAGUGUUGAAGAAGCCAAAGGCGAAGUUGCAGCAAAGCAGAGGAGAGGCUCAAUGUACGGGUCCAGGAUUAUCCUUACAACCUAUCCUUCGCAGUCCGGGAUCGAUCCCAUUGUUAUGGACUGGGGGAACUCCGAUCCCCAGAAGCGAGGUCCUGUUGUCGUGAACAGAGGGAAUACUACUGUCAGGCGUAGAAAUGCUGUCGGAGCUCACGGCGGUAGCUACAGCUUCUACCACGCAUUGGCCGUCGCCAUCCAGGAAUUAUCCCUAGAACACAAGCCAGACUACACCAACACCGAACCAGCUGCCCAAAUCGGUCCAUAUCCUCAAUGGGGUGAUGGCAAGAAGAUCGUAGCCAUGGACCCCUUCGGCCAUCUGGCGCCAUGGCUCUACAAGGACUUCAUCGAAAAGGAAAACGUUGACAUCCGUCCCACCAUCGCCAUCACAAAAGCCCACAUGCGCCUUCCAGAACUAGAACAAAGUGUGAGAUCUGGUCGUCUAUCCGUUGACGGAAAGAUCGUUCUCAACGAAUUCGGUGAACUCGCCGUGACCAAGGUCGCUGUGGAGCCUGUAUGGUAUCUUCCAGGCGUCGCAGAGAGAUUUGGAAUCGAUGAGGGACUCCUCCGUCGGUCGUUAUUCGAAAACACCGGAGGUUCCUUCCCUGAAUUGAUCACUAGACAAGAUAUCAAGAUCUUCAUGCCACCAAUUGGUGGACUUACAGUCUAUAUCUUUGGAGACCCAGCGAAGACCGCAGAUCCCAAUUGCAAGCUUGCCCUACGUAUCCACGACGAGUGCAAUGGAUCCGAUGUCUUUGGCUCUGAUAUCUGUACCUGCCGCCCAUACCUCAUCUUUGGUGUCGAAGAGGCAGUCAAAGAAGCCCAGAAAGGCGGCAGCGGUGUCGUCAUCUACUUCAGGAAAGAAGGCAGAGCUUUGGGAGAGGUCACCAAGUAUCUAGUUUACAACGCCCGUAAACGCGGCACCGACAAAGCCAGUGAAUACUUCCAGCGUACUUCCAAUAUCGCAGGUGUUAAGGACAUGCGAUUCCAAGCUUUGAUGCCUGAUAUUCUCCACUGGCUCGGUAUCAGCAAGAUCGAUAGGAUGCUAUCGAUGUCCAACAUGAAGCACGACGCUAUCGUCGAACAAGGCAUCCCGAUCCUCGAACGGGUUCCUAUCCCAGACGAAAUGAUCCCAGCAGACAGCCGUGUCGAAAUCGACGCAAAGAUUCAUGCCGGAUAUUUCACCACCGGCAAAAUCCUGUCCAUUGACGAACUAUCCAACGUCCAGGGCCGUACCUGGGAGGAUGUUGAUUCAUUCAACUCCCAGUUCCUCGCUCAGUCGGAGAUAUUCCAACAACAUAUCCACUUUUAUACAUUACGCCUUGCCUCCUCUUGUCUCUCGUGA